GAGACAGAGAGACACAGAGAGUCUGAGACACAGAGAGUCCGAGACAUAGAGAGUCCGAGACAUAGAGACACAGAGACAGAGAGACACACUGAGGCUCAUACAGACACUGAUAAAGACAGAGGGAGUUAGCAGACCCACUAAGACAGUGACGGACAUCGACACACAGAGACAGACACCACGGAGACCUCUGAGGAAGAGGGAGGCGGAGACGCCCGCUCGUUGCCAGGUGACGGGAGACGUCUCGGCCAUGUCGGAAGAGCUGCGGCUGCGGGGCAACGUGCGCUCGCUGCAGGAGAUGCUGAGGCAAACGGAGCGCAGCCUGCAGGGCCUGGGCCCUCGCCGCCCGGCCAGCGAGCGCUCUGAGGAUGCAGAGAUCCCUGAUCUGACCCUGGAUGACCUUUCGGAGCGACCCGUCGGCAGUGGCGCCCUCGACGACGACUUCCGUUACGGGAGCUGCUCACAGCGAGGUGGAAGCCGCGUGGUGGAGACCACGCCCACCAGCAAGAUGCCAACUGUAUCACGCGUAGAUGAGGAAAACCUGGAGCUGAGACGGAAGCUCAUCAGCCUGUGUUCGGAAAACUCUUCUCUGGUGACGGAGAACCACCUGCUGCUUCAACAGCUCGAUAGCGCCAACGCUGAGAUAACGCAUUUGGAAGGUGACGUGACUGCCAUUGUGAAACGGUCUCGAGAUGUGGAAGACAGGGUGGCAGGCUUGGAGUUAAGAUCCGCAGAGCAAGAUGCCAUGAGGAGGGCUGCGGAGGAAGCGUUGGAGUUGGUGCAGCAGCGUGGUCAGCAGCGAGAGGCGGAGUGCGAGCGGCUCACACGCGACGCCGAACGACUGAGGGCCGAGCUACGCGAGAGGGCUGCGUGGACCAAGCAGGCUGAUGCGGAGAAACGUGAACUGUCCGAACAGCUGCAGGAGGUAAAAGCUUCGUUUCAAGGCUACCGGGCCCAGUUGUCCGAGAGCCUCCUGCAGUACCGCAGCAGAGAGCAGUCCCUGGUGUCAGAGUUGAGCCGGGCCCUGUCGGAGUGCGCUUCGGUGAGCGAGCAGCGGGCUGGUGUAGUCUCCGACAACCACGAACUCACACUGCUGGUCAGUACUUUACAAGAAAACUGCCAGAUCUUUGAGGCCGAGGUUUGCCGUCUGAAGAAGGAGCUGGAGGCUACGCAACCGUUGCUGGAACGGAAACCUUCACCCUCAUGCAACGUGAAAUGUGGGCCUGAUGAAGAGGAUAUGCCGCCUUCUGCCAGCCUCUGCUCACAUGACAUCACGGAGCUGAGGUCGCUGCUUUGCAAGAAAGAUCGGGAGCUGGAAGCGCUGCAGAGCGGCGCCCCGAGCAGUCGGUGUCCGGCAGCGCAGCGGAGGAGCGCGUCGUCAACGCAGACGGACGACGACGCGAGGCUGCACGGGGACACGAUGGCCGAGGCGCUGCAGGAGCGUCUGCGCGAGGCAGAGGCCUCUGCGGCCUCCCUACAGUCCCAGCUCUCACAGGCGUCGUGCAGGGCCUCCCAGCUAGAGGCGCAGAAGAAGAAGGGGGCGGGUGAAAUGGCCGCGCUGUGCAGGCAGCUGGAGGAGAAGACCAUCGCCUUCAACGCCAGCGUGGGGCACUGCACCGAGCUGCAGCGCGAGGUGGAGAGUAAGACGCGAGCUCUGGGCAAGUUGGAGAGGCGCCUUCGUGAGCAGGCCCAGGAGCUGGAGAGAGCUGCUGGGAGCACGAGGGAGAACCACGACGAGGAGGUGGCGGACCUGAAGCGACGCGCGGCAACGCUGUGCAAGAUGGCCGAGCAGGCCGAGAAGAGAAUGCAGAGUGCGCAGAACGAAGUUGCUGACCAUCGCCAGGCGCUGGAACGUGAAAAGCUGCGUGCACAGGAGCUACAGAUGUCCCUUGAGGACACGAGGAGGCAGCGGGGGAGCAGUGAGGAGGCGCUGGGCCUGGCGGAGCGCAAGCUCGCGGACGCUUCCGCCAAGGCUCUGGAAAUGGAGUCUGAACUUGCGACCAAGCAGGCGGAGCGUGUGCGCUGCCAAGAGAAGCUGCAGCAGGCGCAGCAAGAACUACGCGCCAAGAUGGAGCAGUUGGAGCUGCUGAACGGCGCCGUGGCCGACGCGGCUGAGCAGGCGGCGGAGCUGCGGCGAGCGCUGUGCGAGCGCGACACCAUGCUGGCGCUGGGCGCCGCACGCGUCGAGGCGCUGGAGGAGGCGCAAGCGCAGCUGCAGACGCAGGUGUGCGGCCUGGAGCAGAGUCUGCACGCGGAGCGUGAGCAGUCGCGCGGCGAGCGGGAGCAGAGCGCGAAGCAGCAGCGUUCGCUGCAGAGCCAGCUCCACGAGGAGAGGGAGCGCGGAGCCACCCUCGCCAGCAGCGUCAGCGAGCUGCAGGCGGCCGUGCAUGACGGCCAGGAGGAGGUGGCGAGGGCGCGCGCCGAGCUGGGCAGCGCCAGGGAGAAGGGCAGCCGGGAGGGCGAGCGGGCGCUGUCUCUGCUGGCGACGCUCAAGCAGGCCGAGAACGAGCUCCGUCACAAGACACAGCUCGCAGCGGAGCUGCAGGACAGCCUGGCACGCGGCCUGCAGCAGGCGGGCGACACGGAGCAGGAGCUGGGCCGGGCGCGGGCCGAGCUGCAGCGCGAGCGCUUGGCGGCCGCAGAGCUGAGCACGGAGCUCCGUACCACGGAGCGGCGCUUGCACGCGGAGCUGCACGAGAGGGACAGGCGGCUGCACUCGAUGGCGGAGAGUCACGGUCAGCUUCGCGGCUCCCUGCGCGAGAGGGAGCGGGAGGUGGAGGAGCUGCAAGUGGAACUGGAGGAGCGCCAACGGGAGCUCAUCGCUAGAGCCACGCAGCUGUCGGAGCUGGAGGGGCGAGUGAGCGAGCAGGUGGUGUCGCUCCGCACGGAGGUGGACGCAAAAGAGGAGCAGAUUUUGCAGAUGGAGACGAGGUGCGAGCAGCUGAACACCAAGCUGAAGGAGCAGACGGCGGAAGGUGAGAAGAACCGUGCGCUGGUCAUCACCCUGCAGGCCAAGUCAGAGGAGAAGUCUCAGGCACUGACAAGCCUACGUGAGGUUUGCCUGCAGCUGCGCGCCCGCGCGGAUGGGUUUGAGUGCCGCCUCGUCGACUUGCAGAGGGAGGUGGAACGACUCCACCAGGAGCUCGAGGAGAGGGAGAGCCUCAACAGAGAGAAGGACGAGCAGGUGUGGCGUCUCGCCGAACAGCUGGGAGCGUCGCAGGCCAGGGAGACGCAGCUGCAGAGCGAGGUGCAGCGGGAGAGAGAGCUGCACCAGCAGCGAGCAGGGAGCAGCGAGCAGGGAGCGGGCGGCCGCCCUCGGCAAGAGGUUUCCGAUUUCCGCAGAUAGUUGGUCGUAUAACGGGUGUCGACGAGGCAUUACGAAUCACGUGGAACGGUGGGCGUCACGGCUCGUCGAGGGCACCGCACCGCCGGCGAGCACGUGACGUCGGCACGCUGCGAGCCUCCCUCAACCCCGACGCGUCGCCAUCGGCCACGGCUCGCGCUACGACCACCCCACACGCGGCACGACGAGGCUGUGAAGACUCCAAAUGAAACCAGUACGGUGGCGAGAUGUCAGCUGCCUCGCCCGCUGUGCAGGUUGUGGGUUUCGAUCCCGACCCCAACGCCUGUAUAUUUGGAGUGUGCACGUUCUCCCCGUGGAUCGCGUGGAUUUUUCUCUGUGUUCUCCGGUCUUUGCUUCCACAUUUGGACUCAACAUGCGUUUAGAGUAUUUGGCUGCUAUACAUUUCCACGUUAUCAGACACUUCUUUGAGCUAUCAUUUGUGGCCAGGUCGCUUCUCAAAAAGGGCUAUAUAGCUCAGGGGGCCUUACCUGGUAAAAUAAAAUAAAAUUUUAGUUUCAGUACAGCGUCGUUGCCACAACUCUUCUUCACCUUUAUGUGAUGUCAUGUUGAAGAAACUCUGGAUUUAUUUGCAUUUUACUUGAGUAUUUAUUCACAGGAAUAAUAUUAAAUGUAAUUUAUGUCUGUAUUUGUAAAUAAACACGUUUGUUCUUGA